GAAAUCGACUAUGCAUGUCUGCUGUGGUUUACGUCAUACAACAUGGCGGCGCCCACAAACACGCACCAAAGCAGUGCUUGUCAUUAAAAGUUGGGCAAAUAUGAUCUUUCAAUAUGAUUAGUUAAUUAAUUUGUAAUAUUUCAUCAUGUUGCCAUCCGUAGCAAAGCUUUGCGCCCGAAACGGCACAAUUUCGGUUUGGUUUGCUUCGUUCCGUUCACCAGCGGUCAACAAUGGAGCUUUGCGGUGUUUAUCUUCGCCACCCGCGGUGAUGUUCUUCCUCCCAGCAGCUUCACGGGAGCCAAACGUCCGAUGGGUGUCAUUGUCGUGCAUAUCACGGCAGCGUGAAGAUUUGCCCUCAGUCCCAGUUGAAAACGAGAACUUCGGCUCUUUUUCCACAGACAUAUCCGCUCGGAAGAUUUUCAAGAAAAGCAGCCCGGAAAUGUUUGACUUGAGGUACCGAGAAGACGAGGACCAGACGCCGGAGAAACCUGUCCGCAAGCCUGCGAGGAGAAAUACUACCUAUUGGUACUUCUUACAAUGCAAGAAGCUGAUUAAAGCAGGAAAGCUUCAGGAGGCGUUGGAUAUGUUCAGCACAGACAUGCUUCAGGCAGAGAGGCUCCAGCCUGAAGAGUACAACUACAGCGUCCUCAUCGGGGGCUGUGGACGAGCAGGAAAUCUCAAGAAGGCCUUCAAGCUCUACAACGACAUGAAGAAACGAGGUCUGGAGGCGUCGGACGCCACCUACACGGCUCUCUUCAAUGCCUGCGCCGAGUCGCCCCAAAAGCAAGUGGGUCUCCACCAGGCGCUCAAGUUGGAGCAAGAACUGCGGCGCAAACGCUACCCCCUGAGCACCGUCACGUACCACGCCCUCCUGAAGACACACGCCCUCUGUAACCACCUGCAGGCCUGCAUGCACACGCUGAGGGAGAUGCUGCAGAGCGGCCAUGCUGUCACUCAGGAGACGUUUCACUACUUGCUGAUGGGAUGCCUGAAGGACAAAGACAUUGGGUUCCGGUUGGCUUUGCAGGUUUGGCGCCAGAUGCUGAAGUCAGGGAUUCUCCCAGACUCCAACAACUACACCCUGCUUUUGAGGACCGCAAGAGAUUGUGGGUUGGGCGAUCCAGCGCUAGCCUCCAGCAUCCUGCUCCGGUCACACAUGGAAGAAUGCGAGUCCCGCGUCAAGUCAAGCAAAGCUCCCAUCGAUGUUGACCUCCUGGAGCGGGAGAUGUUUAUCCAACCUGAUCUCCAUGGCAUUGACGAGAACGAUAUGCAAAACUCUUUGGUGCCAUUCAGACCAAAUGAAGCUGGACUGCUGCCUUCUAUCUCCACACCCAACCUGCUGGACCUCCUGGAGGGAAAGUGGGGUGGCUCCAUCUCCAUCGGCAGCGUGGACGGACCCGCUGAUAGACUUGCUCUCAUCGGCGGAGGCGAAGGUUUGCUGGGGAAGAUGGUGGCAAACGGUCUCAAGCCGGAUAUCCGGACGUUGACCCUGCUGGCUGACACCAUGGCGCCGGGCGUCCAGUCUUUGGAGACGCUCUUGAAGGUUGCCAAGCAGCAUCGCAUCAAGCUGGACACCGCAUUUUACAACUCGGCCAUUCGGAGGGCUGCCAGAACUGGUGACCUUGAUGGAGCUAAGGAUGUGUUGAGUGUGAUGCGGAAGUGCAACGUCGGCGUGGAUGUGCAGACGUUUGGAAGUCUCGCAAUGGGCUGCCAGCGACAGAAAGACGGACUUCAGCUGCUCAAAGACAUGGAGGAGGCGGGAUUAAGGCCCAACGUCCAUGUGUUUUCCGCUCUGAUUGGCCAGGCAAGUCGCCGGCUGGAUUACAUUUACCUUACAACGCUCCUGAAAAGCAUGCGUAACAUGAAGGUGUGGCCUAAUGAAGUCAUCGUCAAACAGCUGGAAUUUGCCGCGCAGUACCCUCCCAACUACAACCAGUACAAGUCCCGCAACAACUACCUGGUCCAGAUCGAUGGUUUCCGCGGUUACUACCAGCAGUGGUUGCGUGCCAUGCCGGCCCAGGACGAGCGGUCGGAGCUCCAUUCUGAGUCUCAGCUGGUAGCAAAUGUGACAACGGGAGCUGAUGCGCUGGGGGGGCUGAUUGAGGCCCCCGAAGAACCAAAGCGCAAUGGCGAGUAGACAUCACCCUCUGAACAAGAUUAGCAUCACGGAACCAGACUGUGACCCGGCAUAGAUGGACACUUCAGUCGUUGAAUGUGAUUCUUUAAACAGUUCAUUUUUAAUGAUUACUGUCAAUACAUGAUUAUUCUUAUUUAUUUGAUAUGUAUUAGUUAUUAACUCCUGGGAAACUAUGAAUAACAGUGACAAUGUGUUGGGGGCCGCUUGUGUAUAAACAUUGGGAAUUCAGGGAAUUGAGUUAACAUGAAACAUAAGCUCCAUGACAUUAUACAACUAAAAGAUUAUAAAAAAUAAACUUGUUUUUAUGGAAAUAAAUGUAUGUAAAAAUU